GCGACUAUUAAACCGAAAAGCGUUUGGCAUUUGGCAUUAGUUCUACUUGCGCUUCGUUGGCAUUCGUUCGGGGUCUACAAUGAAAUUAUUUGUAUGUGUCUUGGCGAUGGCCGCCAUUCUGGCAACCACAAACGCAGGACUGCUGGGUCUGCUGAAGGGAGGAGGCGGCAGCGGCGGGGGCUACAGUGGGGGCUACGGCUAUGGUGGAGGCUCUGGCUAUGGCGGUGGAUACGGAGCAGGAUACGGCGGUGGCUACAACAGUGGCGGCGGCGGUGGUGUCCAAAUAGUCAAAGUGAUCAACACCUAUGAGGGUGGCCAUGGAGGCGGUGGGGGCUACAGCUCAGGCGGAUAUGGCAGCGGCUACAGCAAUGGCGGCGGCUACAGUCAUGGCGGCGGCUGGAACACCGGAGGAAGCUAUGGAGGCGGCUACGAAGGUAGCUACGGAGGCGGCCACGGAGGUGGCCAUUCUCAUGUGGAUGUCUACAAGGUCAUUACAACCACUCAUGGCGGUGGACACAGCGGAGGAUACGGCGGAGGAUACGGCGGAGGAUACAGCGGAGGAUACGGCGGAGGGUAUGCAGCAAAUUAUGGCAGUAGCUACGGCGGCGGGUACGGCAGUCAGUCCGGAUGGUGGAAAAAGAAGUGAACACCUUACCCACUGGUUCCCCAAUUAUCAGAGUUCCGUUCCAAUUAGCUGUAAUCCAGAUAAAACCCGUUUACCCGUACCUUUUAAAUCUCCCACAAAAAAGACCGACCAAAAUUCCAAAUUAGCGAAAACUAGUUUGAGAUUUUCUGUAGACUGCGCGACUUCUAUCCAAUAAAAGCAAAAGUCAAUAGAUACGACAAAUAAUUUAAACAAA